AUGUCGCAACGAUCAAACGAGCCCCCUGCACGAGCGUCAAUAUCUCCAGCGGGUAUACGACCACAAGACCGAUCCUCAGGAACCCAGUCCCCUUUGCUCCGGUCCGAUGGCGGCUCGUUUCGUCAGACCCCGCCCCGAAAGAACGACGGCCGACCGAGUCGGGAGUUGGAAGGUAGUACAUUGGGCAGUGGUUCCCGUUAUGGGGAUCGAAGGACACCGGGUCAGCGGAGGACCCAGAGCUCAGGUGGCUUCCUGCUUGACUCGCUACCUCGCUCGCGAAGCACAAGAGUCAGCCUGAACCGCCCUCGUCCCUCGGAACCUUCCCAAGAGAAGCGCAGCGCUCCCGAACCAGAAAUCGUGGUCCCCAAGAAACGCUCGCGAUUUCCAUGGAGCCGGCAUAAACACCAUCCAUCUGAAGUGAAGUCAAAAAUUGCGACUUCAAGCACGAUCAAUGCUAGGCAAGACGGCCCUCCGGAAGCUCUUCGCAUCCGGAGGCACAGGAAAAAUGAUGUGCCACAUGCAACUCCUGGACUCGAUAGGGACUCGAUUCAGAUUGUCAACCUAGCCUUAAAUCUCAAUGAAUCCCGGAGGAGGACAGCUUCUGGAAUACCCCCGGGUUCCGAGAGCCGAAGACCAAUAUCUGUCUCUCAACCGGCUGUUCCGUCAGUCGACAGCUAUGCAUAUACUUCACGAGCGAAGAAUUUGCAGCGCGAUUUGACGUAUCGCAAUUUUACUCAGCUCUCUGGUAAUCGUUUGUCACAGGGGACACUGCCGAGCUUAGAGCAAUCAUCUGUUGUCAAUUUGUUGCCUCCAUCCGCGAUCGAGGAUCAACGGGCAUACGAAUUCUCCGAAAGUACUUUGGCUCGUGCUGAGAAAGCUCGCAAUCAUUUUGAUCUAUUUCAUGAAUAUAUGCGGCUACUGCCCUCAUUGCCACCUCUUCGAGAUGCAGUCAAGGAUGACUCUGAGUUUAAAAGCCAGAAAUGCAGCCGUUGCUAUAACCCGCUUCAAAUGAUUCGCAACCGAAAGGUCAGGUAUCGUGAAAAAUGCUCCAUCGAUGCAGAUGCAGAAGGAUGGCAUGACGUUGAAAGAGUUCACCAAUGGAUCAAUAAUGUCGAGAAAAAAUAUAGCCAAAGAGAACACGGCCAAUUAAAUUGCUUAAAGCUUCCACCUUUCCAACAGGGUCGUCGCCAUAUAUCCACUGGAGAACACGAAGAUAUAGAUAUGCUGCCUACCUCUCCGGGAUCAAGCUUGCGGCGAGCCAGCCGAACCAGCAGCACGAAGGCGCGUCGGCCACGUAUUGAUUGGAAGAUCUCACCGGCAGAGCUUCUGGCCGAUGCUGCUUGGCUAGAACAUGGUACCAACAAGACGAAGGUGGUCGAUAAGGAUGGCCAUAAACUCUACCCUGACCCCAAAGAAUUAGUUGUCGUGGACACAAGCGAUGACUUCAGAACGCCACAUAAGCAGAAGCGCCUUUCGGUCGAAAUGGAGGAUUCUAGGGAGACACAUUUGUCACCGCGCACUUCUUUCUCCAGUUCCCACCCUGCAUUGGCACACGAAUUCAAGAGUGUGGGCCGUGGGCGGCACAGGCACAGAUUUCGAAGUCAUUCGCAUAGCUUACGCAGCCGCAGUGCUUCCAGCAAACGAAAGCUAUCACGAUGGGAUAAUGUCAAAAUGCGUUCAGGCAGUGUCUCGAGUUCUUCAAGCUCAGAUACUCGUCCUUCCAUCGAUGAAAACCCUCGCGCGUCUCGUGAGCAUUUCCGCGAUCAUGUCCAAAGAAUCGUCGACCAUGCACAUUCAGGCACUCGGAUGACCCGUGCCAAAUCUCCGGCUGUUCCUCACGGUGACAUUGAUAGGGGAAGGGCACCGCAACCGAUAGAGCCGUUGUCAGCCGACAGGAAGCAAGCCCGCAAAGACAGAAAAGGCUCUUUCUCAUCAGCAGGCAGCCUUGAUGACCGGCAGGAUCCUCGGAUGUCCGUGGAUGGCAUUGAUAGCACUGCGCCUAACUCUCCCGGCCAUUUUGGUUACUUCCCAAGCAUAGCAGUAAAUCUGUCCCCUCCCUCAAGUCGAUCUCCCUCGCCCGCAAAGAAGGGUCUCCGUCACAAGAUUGUUUCACGGCACGAGCGCAGCAAGAGCAAACAAGCAGAUCGAGAGCGAGAGCGGGAAGCUGACUUACCGGAACCCGAGACCUUGCGCCGGCGAAAUGUGACGGCGCCUGAGCGGACGGAGGGUGCCUCCAAACUCGAGCCCAGUCCUCUCCCUGAUGUUUUGUCGUCAUCUCCUCCUGAUGAUCAAGCCACACUCGAAGGGAAUCGAGCAGAUGGGCAUCGGUCCCGUAAAGGGCCCCAUCUUACCGAAUCAAAGCUGCGAGGAAUAUUCAAGGGACCAGGUCGAAUAGCAGAGAUUGUCGGGAAUGAGGUCUCCAAGGUCGGAGAUCUCAUCCUGAAGAAAGACGCAGGUCCUGAAUCUCGAAAAUCAUCGUCUGCCACCACUUUUACAUCAGAGGAUAGUGAUUCUGAUGAAGAAUCCAGAGGCGAUAGGAAAUCUGGCAAAGGUCUUUUACGGCGCCUGCCAACCCUUACAGAUGAGCCUGAGCGGUUGACUCGCAGAAAUUCCGAGAAGAACUCAUCCCGAAGCUUUAUUCCCUCUCUGCCAACCUUCACAUCCCCCCUACGGCAAGAUGAGCGAAGCGAAACAGCAGAAGUGACCGAUUUCGGCAGUCCUAGCGAGGGAGUUUCCACUCCACAAAAUUAUGCUUCCCGUGAUUCUCCCAAGAAGUUCACGCUGCCACGCAGCAAAACGCUUGAUUUCGGUACUUCUCUACACACGGGACGGACCAAACGCCACGAGAUGAAAGACCCUUCCGUUCCUUUCAGCUUAACGCGGCCUCCUGUCACUGGGCUUGCCAAUGCUCGAGCAUCGCCAGGGCUUUCCCCGGCAGGGAGAAGCACGGGUCUUUCGGAUUCUAGUCGUGCCUGGAGUAUAUCUGGGCGUAGUAUUCACACCUUGAUUGACACGGGCGUACCUGGGAAACCAGAAGUCGAGCGCACUCGGGCUCUUCUAUUGUCAUCGGGGAUUAAGGCCCGCGAGAUCACUCGCCGAGCCCACACUCGCCGCGAGCCAGUUCCUCACUGGCUUCAAAGCUCCAUGGGUUCUGGUACAUCUGUUCCACAAGUGACGAGGCUCGGCGAAUUCGACCUCGCUGCUCAAACCCUCCUCCGUCGUUUCGAGCAGACCCAGCACUCGUUUCAACAAUCCAUGCAUCAUUUCUCCACCUCCACCUCGUCACCCCUCCGAUCUCAGCUAUCGAACCUGGAAAACCUGGUCAACGAUUCCUUGGCUCCCCGUGUCCGAACCACGGCUAACGAUGCAGAGGACCUGUGUGUUCAUCUCAAUACCACUAGUACACUCGCUGUUAAGCAGCUGAGUGAUGCCCUUGACAGGGGGCUUCGUAAGCGUCGCCGUCGAUUGCGGUGGAUUCGGCGCACUGGGUUCAUGGUCUUGGAAUGGGCCCUUGUUGCGAUGCUUUGGUGGGUGUGGCUUAUUGUCAUGGCUUUCAAGCUUGUGCGCGGUGUCUUCCGGGGUGCCUUCACUGGUAUCCGAUGGGUCUUGUGGCUUUGA